AUGCCACCAAAGACAAGCGGAAAAGCUGCGAAGAAGGCCGGCAAGGCACAAAAGAACAUUUCGAAAGGCGACAAGAAGAAGAAACGCAAGCUUUCGUUAAUGAUAUUUUCGAAACGCAUUGCUGCCGAAGCAUCUCGUUUGGCUCACUACAACAAACGAUCGACCAUCACCAGUCGGGAAAUUCAAACCGCUGUUCGUCUGUUGUUGCCUGGUGAAUUGGCCAAGCACGCUGUCAGUGAAGGCACAAAAGCCGUCACCAAAUAUACCAGCUCCAAGUAA